AUGAAUCGUUACUUACUAUUCAGUAUAAUAUUUAUUCUUACGACAAAUGCUGAUGGUAUAUCAACAAAAUAUCGUCAAUGGUGUUCACCAUGGAAAUUUUGUGCAUUUACAGGAUGGAAAUCUUGGGAACCAUGCGAUAAAACAUGUGGAGGUGGUGUCCGUAGACGUUAUCGGCAAAUGUGUUCAUUACCUGUUAUUGAUUUUACUCAACAUGUUGCAAUGUGUCAUAAAACAUUAAAUGAUUUCGUUCAGUAUGAAAAUUGCUCACAAAUAUGCUCAAAUUAUGGAACAUGGUCGAAUGAAACGAAUCAAUGUCUAUGUGAUGAUAUAAGUAUUGUUGACUCGUGUUGUAUGACUGAUCGAGGUCGAUGGUCAGAAUGGUCAUCAUGGUCAAGAUGUAAAGCACGAUGUGGAACAUAUGGUGUCCGUAAUAGAACACGUACUUGCUUAUGGAAACACGAUCUUAUGCGACGAGAUAUAAAGCAUAUCAAUUGUAUUGGAGAUCGAGUUCAAUAUGAAAGUUGUUUAAAAGAUUGUCAUGAGCCAGAAUACGAUGAAGAAUUUUUUGAAAAAAUGCCAAUUAAUACAACUGUAACGAUUGGUAAACAUGCACAAUUUAUGUGUAAACAAAAAAGUGGUAGCAUUAAAUGGUUCAUUAAUGAUCAAGAUGUUUUCGUACUAUCGAUUCAAAAUCCUUCAAUAAAAACUGUUUCAAACCGUACAAUAUUAUUUAUUUAUCCGAUAACAAACUAUUUUUCUUCUCAAACACGUAUAACGUGUCAAAUAAAUACGUUCGAUGGUGAACAUAUAAAUCGACAUGCUUGGCUGAUAAUUGAUGAAAUUGAAAAUAAUAUUGAAAAUUCGAUUGAUAAUCAAUGUGAACUAAUAAAACCAUUAGAAUCCAUUUAUUAUGUUCGAUUAGGAUCAAGUUUUUCAAUACAAUGUCAAGCUAAAGCACUUAAUGCCACCGUUCUAUGGUAUAAAAAUGAUAUUCUAAUUCAUAGUCACGGAGAAGAUAAUAUACAAAUAUUAAUUAAUUAUAUGUUAUUUAUUAAUACAAUUGAUAUUAAUCAUAAUGCAAAUUUUUCUUGUACUACUCAAACAACAACAAAAUGUAAACAGAUAUCAUACUGGAAAUUAAUUGUAUUUGAAAGUACUCAACAGAUUUCAAAUAGAUUACAAGUCAAUCCAUUAAAUUUUGUUGGCACAUAUGGUAUUGUAUUACCGGGUUCAUCACCAUGGCAUGUCACAAUAUCCUAUCGUGAUUUAUCAGUUAAUUUUCAUUAUGAUGCAUUUUGUUCAGGUUUAUUGAUUGAUGAGAAUACAAUUUUGAGUGUAUCACAAUGUUUUGAUAAAUCAUCAUCGUUACAAACAUUUCUUGAACAACAAAAUUUAAUAUUUGAUCCAGCAAAACUUGUUAUUUAUGUUGCAAAAUAUGAUCGUUUAAGUGCAAGUUCAUUUGAAAGACAAUCAUCUGUGAAGCAAUUAUUGACCUCAAAUAAUGAUUUUAUCAUCUUAAAAGUACAUUUACUUUUUAUGAGUUUAGAAUCUCGUCCAUUGUCAUUACCUACGAUGAAUGAAAUAGCAAAAUUAGUUAAUAAUGUUUCUUUAUAUGCAACAGGUUGGGGUCCAUUAUCGACAAAUGCUGAUAAGCUAAUGCAUCUUAAAUAUAUUCAACAACGAUUAAUUGAUUGCAAUGUGUCUUCAUCACCGAUUACAUUAUGUACAACAACUAUCGCUAUAAAACAACCAAAUUUAUGUCCAGGUGAUACUGGCGGAAUACUUUUUGCGCAAACAAAACAACAUAUAUUUGCCGUUGGUCUUAUAUCACGAUUUUCAAAAGCAUUUUGUGAUAUGCGUUCAAUACAAAUCACAACCAUCAUUCGUCUAGACACUAUAACGACUUGGUUAAAACAAAAUUCACUUGUAUAA